AUGGAUUCGACCACAUCAUCGAUAUCCGCUUGUCGACGCCGAGCACCCACACCUAAGGAUCGACGAGCGAGGUGCGUGGCCGUAGGACCAAGUCCGGUGGUGGCGGUGCGCAGGCGCAGCCGUGGAGGAGUGAAACCGAGGGCUAGGGCCGGGGCAAUUGGAUUAGCGGCAAAGAGUGAAGUCGAGGAGGUGAGAUUGGAGGCAAAGAGGAGUGAAGUCGGCGCCGAGCGGGACAAUGAAACAGACGGCGAGGAUGACGAAAAUUUGGUGUGUAAGAGGAUUUGUGUUGGCGCGGAGGAUGGUGUAGUCCUGCCCUUGGAUUGGCCGGAGAAUUUGGUCUUCGGUUCGGGGAGGAGCGCGAGAUGA